GCCCUAAAUUAUAGAGUAUUUCUUCCUCCACACCUAAAAUCCUCAACUCCGCGAGAUUGCCUAACCUACCGGCAACAUUGACAGCAAAUGGGCAGCUCGUCGGCGCCAUGGAAACAGCUCCUUCUCUGUUCAAUUGAGGCCAACUCCCAUCUGAAGCACCACUCCUACUUCCAGCUCGCAACUGUUUCAUCGAAUAACAGACCCUCUAAUCGCACUGUUGUUUUCAGAGGAUUUCAGGAUGAUGCUGAUAAGAUUCUGAUCAACACCGACACUCGAACCCGCAAGAUAAAUGAUCUCAAGCACUGCCCUUUUGCUGAGAUAUGUUGGUACUUCACGGAAUCAUGGGAGCAAUUCCGGAUUAGUGGAGUGGUGGAUGUCAUAGAUGGAACUACUUCUGAUCCACUCAAACUUGAGCAAAGAGAGAAAUCAUGGUUUGCAUCUUCCCUUAGAUCAAGAAUGCAGUAUGUUGGGGCCUCUCCAGGACUGCCUGCUGUUGCAAGUGAACAAUCAUCCCAGUCUCCCUCUUUGGAUCCUUCCAUUGGACCAGUUGCUGCAUUCUGCCUGCUCCUAUUUGACCCCCAUCAGGUUGACUAUCUAAAUUUGAAAAGCAAUGAGAGAUUGGUGUUCACGUCAAUAGCCAGCGACAGCGGAAGGAAGCUCUGGAGUUCACAGAAGAUACGUGGAUGCAACAAUUAUUGUACAAUGGAUUCGAGGUGUGCGGGGGAAGGGAGCUUUAUUGGCAUCCGCUGCAACCAAGGCAAGCACAAGAGGGAAAUCUUUGUCACCGGAAGUGGGAAUAUUGACUCAGGAGCACCGCUCUAGCAAAGUAAAGAACUCACCGUGGCGAGGAGGACUCUAUCUCUUGGAUUCAGGUAAAGAAAUGAAUACGUGAAAUGCUCCCUUUGUCCCGAGUCUCUCAGUUGAGGAGUUUGCACAUGUUUUUAUAAAUAUAAAGGAAAGUUUGGUGGAUAAAAUAAUAGAAUGUUGAUCCCAUUUAUGUACUCGUUUCAUGAUGCGUAAACUGGGACAUCUAAUCGCGGACAAAGGGAGAGACUGCAGAGGUAGAGAAUAUGUCCACAAGGGACAGGUCAUAUAUUACUGACGAUCUAAGCUAAUUACGUCAUAAACUAAAUUAAAAUAUAAAGUAGGCCCCGCUUUAGCUUUAAGCUUUUAAUCACAGAUUCUUAUCCCUGUAUGAACCUUAGGGUGCGUUUGUUUUGGAAUCAUUCUCAGUUUUUGGAAUUCAAAAUUCUGGAAGUUAUUGUUCCCAAACUGUUUCUACAACAUUUCAACAAUUUUGGGACAAUAAUUUCUGGACAGAGUUUUAAAUUUCCUCUGGCUUACAUCUAUGCUAUUUUCCCCUUCCUGAGAUUUUGUUCAACAAUU